AUGUUUCCACUCUUGUGCGGAUUGCUGUGUCUGUGUGCGCUGGUUUGCGGUCAACCAGCGCGCGGUCAGGCGGCGGACGAUGGGAAGCGGUAUAUCUGCCGGGCGAUCCCCCUCAGCGGUGACGCCAGCUGCCCGGUGACCCUGUUACCGGAGCUGAACGCCGGCAGCCAGGAAGAGGAGCUCAGAAACACUGUCAUGCAGUUACGAGAGACAAUUCUACAGCAGAAAGAAACCAUUUCCAAACAGAUCGGCACCAUAAACGAGCUGACUACCAAGCUGUCCCUGUGCGCAUCAGCCACCGACGAGGGGAAGUACGAAAAGGGAGCCUCCUGGGGCAAGGAGAAGCAGAACACGAUGGGGGAUGUCCCCAGAGAUCCGAAUGACACUAUCGACAGUCUGGGGAAAACCAUGCAGGGGCUCAAGGACCGGCUGGAAAACCUGGAGCAACAGCAGCUGCGGGCCAACAUAUCGGGCGCAGCGUUCCCCAGUGAGCUGCGUGACCUGCUGCAGCGUCGCCUCGGGGAGCUGGAGAAGCAACUCUUGAAGAAAGUCAACAACCUGGAGGAGGAGAAGAGCAUGCUGUCCAACGCCACAGCUGCCUACAGGCUGAAGACAGAGAGCACACUCAACGCCCUGGUGGAGAGGAUCAGUGAGCUGGAGAAAGGAGGAGGAGACUUCAAGUCCCCAGAGCAAUUCAAGUUGUCCCUCCCCCAGAGGACCAACUACCUGUACGGUCGCAUCACCAAGAGCCUGCCAGAGAUGUAUGCCUUUACACUCUGCAUGUGGAUCAAGUCCAGCGCCAGUCCUGGCAUUGGGACGCCUUUCUCUUACGGCGUGCCGGGACAAGCCAAUGAGAUCGUGCUGAUCGAGUGGGGCAAUAACCCCAUCGAGCUGCUCAUCAAUGACAAGGUGGCCCAGCUGCCUCUGGAGGUCCGUGAUGGAAGAUGGCACCACAUCUGCAUCUCCUGGACCACACGGGACGGCCAAUGGGACGCUUACCAAGACGGAGAGAAGCUGGGAACCGGAGACAACCUGGCAGCUUGGCACCCCAUCAAACCUGGGGGAGUCAUCAUCCUGGGGCAGGAGCAGGACGUGGUGGGUGGGCGCUUUGACGCUGGUCAGGCCUUCGUGGGCGAGCUGAGUCAGGUGAAUAUUUGGGACCGCGUCUUGAAGCCGGUGGAGAUCCAGUCGAUGGCGAACUGCAGCUCCUACAUCCCCGGGAACGUCAUCUCCUGGCUCGCAACCAACGUGGAAGUUUUUGGGAGGGGAGCGUUCAAGCGGCCCCUGGAGAUGUGUCAGGAAAGACUGCCCAACGCUUAA